AUGAGGCCUACGGUGGCUGUAGGGGCACGGUCAGCCCACACCCUGGAGUGCCACGGUCAGCCCACACCCUGGAGUGCCACGGUCAGCCCACACUCUGGAGUGCCACGGUCAGCCCCACACCCUGGAGUGCCACGGUCAGCCCACACCCUGGAGUGCCACGGUCAGCCCACACCCUGGAGUGCCACGGUCAGCCCACCCUCUGGAGUGCCACGGUCAGCCCCACACCCUGGAGUGCCACGGUCAGCCCACACCCUGGAGUGCCACGGUCAGCCCCACACCCUGGAGUGCCACGGUCAGCCCACACUCUGGAGUGCCACGGUCAGCCCCACACCCUGGAGUGCCACGGUCAGCCCACACCCUGGAGUGCCACGGUCAGCCCCACACCCUGGAGUGCCACGGUCAGCCCACACCCUGGAGUGCCGCGGUCAGCCCCACACUCUGGAGUGCCAGGGUCAGCCCACACCCUGGAGUGCCGCGGUCAGCCCCACACUCUGGAGUGCCAGGGUCAGCCCACACCCUGGAGUGCCGCGGUCAGCCCCACACUCUGGAGUGCCAGGGUCAGCCCACACUCUGGAGUGCCAGGGUCAGCCCACACCCUGGAGUGCCAGGGUCAGCCCACACUCUGGAGUGCCAGGGUCAGCCCCACACUCUGGAGUGCCACGGUCAGCCCCACACCCUGGAGUGCCACGGUCAGCCCACACCCUGGAGUGCCAGGGUCAGCCCCACACCCUGGAGUGCCACGGUCAGCCCCACACCCUGGAGUGCCACGGUCAGCCCCACACCCUGGAGUGCCACGGUCAGCCCCACACCCUGGAGUGCCACGGUCAGCCCACACCCUGGAGUGCCACGGUCAGCCCCACACCCUGGAGUGCCACGGUCAGCCCACACUCUGGAGUGCCACGGUCAGCCCCACACCCUGGAGUGCCACGGUCAGCCCACACCCUGGAGUGCCACGGUCAGCCCACACCCUGGAGUGCCAAGGUCAGCCCACACCCUGGAGUGCCACGGUCAGCCCACACCCUGGAGUGCCACGGUCAGCCCACACCGUGGAGUGCCACGGUCAGCCCACACCGUGGAGUGCCACGGUCAGCCCACACUCUGGAGUGCCACGGUCAGCCCCACACCCUGGAGUGCCACGGUCAGCCCACACCCUGGAGUGCCACGGUCAGCCCCACACCCUGGAGUGCCACGGUCAGCCCACACCCUGGAGUGCCGCGGUCAGCCCCACACUCUGGAGUGCCAGGGUCAGCCCACACCCUGGAGUGCCGCGGUCAGCCCCACACUCUGGAGUGCCAGGGUCAGCCCACACCCUGGAGUGCCGCGGUCAGCCCCACACUCUGGAGUGCCAGGGUCAGCCCACACUCUGGAGUGCCAGGGUCAGCCCACACCCUGGAGUGCCAGGGUCAGCCCACACUCUGGAGUGCCAGGGUCAGCCCCACACUCUGGAGUGCCACGGUCAGCCCCACACCCUGGAGUGCCACGGUCAGCCCACACCCUGGAGUGCCAGGGUCAGCCCCACACCCUGGAGUGCCACGGUCAGCCCCACACCCUGGAGUGCCACGGUCAGCCCCACACCCUGGAGUGCCACGGUCAGCCCCACACCCUGGAGUGCCACGGUCAGCCCACACCCUGGAGUGCCACGGUCAGCCCCACACCCUGGAGUGCCACGGUCAGCCCACACUCUGGAGUGCCACGGUCAGCCCCACACCCUGGAGUGCCACGGGCAGCCCACACCCUGGAGUGCCACGGUCAGCCCACACCCUGGAGUGCCAAGGUCAGCCCACACCCUGGAGUGCCACGGUCAGCCCACACCCUGGAGUGCCACGGUCAGCCCACACCGUGGAGUGCCACGGUCAGCCCACACCGUGGAGUGCCACGGUCAGCCCACACCGUGGAGUGCCACGGUCAGCCCACACCGUGGAGUGCCACGGUCAGCCCACACCGUGGAGUGCCACGGUCAGCCCACACCGUGGAGUGCCACGGUCAGCCCACACCCUGGAGUGCCAAGGUCAGCCCACACUCUGGAGUGCCAAGGUCAGCCCACACCCUGGAGUGCCACGGUCAGCCCACACUCUGGAGUGCCACGGUCAGCCCACACCCUGGAGUGCCACGGUCAGCCCACACCCUGGAGUGCCACGGUCAGCCCCACACCCUGGAGUGCCACGGUCAGCCCACACCGUGGAGUGCCACGGUCAGCCCACACCGUGGAGUGCCACGGUCAGCCCCACACCGUGGAGUGCCACGGUCAGCCCACACCGUGGAGUGCCACGGUCAGCCCCACACCCUGGAGUGCCACGGUCAGCCCCACACCCUGGAGUGCCAAGGUCAGCCCACACCCUGGAGUGCCAAGGUCAGCCCACACCCUGGAGUGCCACGGUCAGCCCCCACACCCUGGAGUGCCACGGUCAGCCCCACACCCUGGAGUGCCACGGUCAGACCCCACACCCUGGAGUGCCACGGUCAGCCCCACACCCUGGAGUGCCACGGUCAGCCCACACCCUGGAGUGCCACGGUCAGCCCACACCCUGGAGUGCCACGGUCAGCCCACACCCUGGAGUGCCACGAUCAGCCCACACCCUGGAGUGCCAAGGUCAGCCCACACCCUGGAGUGCCAAGGUCAGCCCACACCCUGGAGUGCCAAGGUCAGCCCACACCCUGGAGUGCCAAGGUCAGCCCACACCCUGGAGUGCCAAGUACUGCAGCUCUAGCAGCACCACCACAACCCCCACCAACACUAGCAACUCUCACAUCUACAACACUGGCCGCCCCACCAACACUAGCAACUCUCACAUCUACAACACUGGCCGCCCCACCAACACUAGCAACUCUCACAUCUACAACACUGGCCGCCCCACCAACACUAGCAACUCUAACAUCUACAACACUGGCCGCACCACCAACACUACCAACUCUAACAUCUACAACACUGGCCGCCCCACCAACACUAGCAACUCUAACAUCUACAACACUGGCCGCACCACCAACACUACCAACUCUAACAUCUACAACACUGGCCGCCCCACCAACUCUAACAUCUACAACACUGGCCGCCCCACCAACACUAGCAACUCUCACAUCUACAACACUGGCCGCCCCACCAACACUAGCAACUCUCACAUCUACAACACUGGCACCACCACCAACACUAGCAACUCUCACAUCUACAACACUGGCCGCACCACCAACACUACCAACUCUCACAUCUACAACACUGGCACCACCACCAACACUAGCAACUCUCACAUCUACAACACUGGCCGCACCACCAACACUACCAACUCUCACAUCUACAACACUGGCACCACCACCAACACUACCAACUCUCACAUCUACAACACUGGCACCACCACCAACACUAGCAACUCUCACAUCUACAACACUGGCCGCACCACCAACACUACCAACUCUCACAUCUACAACACUGGCCGCACCACCAACACUACCAACUCUCACAUCUACAACACUGGCCGCACCACCAACACUAGCAACUCUCACAUCUACAACACUGGCCGCACCACCAACACUAGCAACUCUCACAUCUACAACACUGGCCGCACCACCAACACUAGCAACUCUCACAUCUACAACACUGGCCGCACCACCAACACUAGCAGCAACACAAUCAGCAACAACAUUAAUGCUAAUUGCAGACAAGCGUCUUGA